GGAUUACUUUCUCUUUUUUGGUAGUGACACGUACGCACUAGUGUUAUAAAUAGCCCACAAAAUGAAGCCUUGAGUCUCAAAUAUACACAAUAACACAAAGCUAUUAACUUAAUCAAGUAUAUAUAAUUUAAUAGCCUUGAAGAAAUAUAACUUAAUAAAAUCGAAUGGAGUUCUUCGUAGACAAAACCAUCUUGGUCACCGGCGCCACUGGUUUCCUUGCCAAAGUGCUGGUAGAGAAAAUCCUUAGAACACAACCAGAUGUAAAAAAGAUUUUCCUCCUUAUCAGAGCCAAAGAUUCCGCAUCUGCCAAACAAAGAUUUAUCCAUCAGGUGGUGGAGAGCGAAUUGUUUAGUGUGGUGAAGGAGAAAUAUGGCGGCGACUUGUUCGCCGCCAUAUUGGAAGAGAAGGUGUUUCCGGUGGCCGGCGACGUCUCCUUUGAAGAUUUGGGGAUUGAAAACAAAGAGGUGAAAGAUGAAAUGUUGAGAGAGGUUGACAUCAUCGUCAACUCUGCUGCAACAACCACUUUUAACGAAAGGUAUGAUGUUGCCAUGAACAUUAACACGUUGGGAGCGAUGAACGUCCUCAACUUUGCCAAGAAUUGUUUUAAAGUGAACAUCGCCCUUGUCCAUGUAUCCACCGCAUAUGUUUGUGGCGAGGGGAAUGGAAUAAUGCUAGAAAAGCCACUCAUUUUGGGUGAAACGCUGAAUGGGACCUCGAAAUUAGACAUUGAUGUGGAGAAGAAAGUGAUACAAGAGAAAUUAGAGGAGCUUCAAACCCAAAAUGCUAACGAAAAAGAUGUUAAAUCUGCCAUGAGAGACUUGGGCAUUCAAAGGUUCAGCUUCUUUUUUUGCUACACACACCGAUAGAUCCAUAAAAUAAAUAAUACCUCUGUCGCUAAAUGUUUGUCCAAUUUUGAAUAUUUUUGGUCAAUCCAUAUCGUUUUCAAUCUUUGAUUUAUAAUCAAGUAAAAUAUUAUUAAAUAAAAUAAUAUUUUGAAAAUAUUUCAUAUAAUAAAUCUAAUAAAACUAUUCUUGUAUC